AUGUGCCAGUACAUGUGGGUCACCUACCGCUGCGCGCACACCGAGCUCCUAGCCGGGCCUAACUGCAACUUCGUGCUUACGCAACUAUCCCGCAUCCACCAGCCCGAAGCCUGGACGCCCGAGGGCCAACAAAUCCUCCCUUUCGACUGGCCAAACGCAUGCUUGCCUGGAGACCACAACACGAUCCCCAUACCUUGCGACAAGUGGUGCGGCUGGGAGUGCCAGAACACAUUUGCUCCGACGCAGCGUACGGGCGACAGGAUCACCUCCUUCGGUGGCCAAGUGUCCCCCGCAACCGACAGCGUGGUCGUGGCAACGCAGGCUGAUUGGCAAGGAAAUAGGUUCCAGAGCUCGUAUCCUGAGUACAAGUCUCCUAGCUACCACGGCAAUGACGACUACCAUAUGAACCAGUAUGAUGGCGCGAACUAUGUUCCGGGUUCUCAUGCUUUUGGUGCCUAUCCGGCUGUUGGAGCCAUGGAUAAUUCUGGCACGGCGUCUAUGGGAUCAGGACUCGCUCAUAUGACCACAAACGAAGCAGUGACAGACAUGGAUCCUAGCUUGUCAAGUAUGGACACAGGAACGAACAUGAUAGGGACAACGGGAACAUUAGGGAUGCAGGGAGCGCAGUAUGGAGUACCCCGAAUAGGAGUAGGUUGGAGAGAGGAGAAGGAUGAAGUGGGGAUUAUUGGAGAUUGGUGGAAGGAUGGUGAUGUCUUUAACUAA